ACGGUUUAAGAGGAGGAACACUCCCUCGCGACAUUGGUUACUCGGUUACGGCGUCAGUUACUGUUGAACCAUCGUAACGUGAACAACUUUCUACGAACGAGUUUAAUCCCGACUCGAUUCAAAACACAUAAAUAAAAAUGGUUAACAUUACGAGGCUUACUAUCAUCAAGUUCUUUGAACUUAUCUUGGUAUGCGUUCUUAUCGGAUUGCAUUAUAAUUCCUUUAACGCGGGAGAUCAGCAUACAGCUAUGAUCACAAUGGGUACCUUUGGUGGAUACCUCAUUAUUCUAGUUGGUUUGUUUGCUGGCAGUAUAAUGGCAACUCCGGUCAACCGACGUGUGGACCUUUUCUUCUCGUUGAUUGGUUGCGCUUUAUUCAUAACUGCUGGUGCUUUGAAUAUCAAACAUUUCGAUCAAUUUGCUUAUAAAUCCUCUUUUCGUGAUACAGGCUUAGCAAAAGGAUCCAUUAGUAUCAUUCAAGGUGUACUUUUCCUCGUUGAUGCUUUCCUUACGUUUAAAGGAGAAGCUUAAAAAAUAAAAAAAGAUCAAAAAAAGUACAAACAUCUUUCAACAUUAUCGAGGGACUCUACAUAGUCGGCAUUCAAUGAUUUUUAAUAAUAAAUGCUGACAUAUUUCAUUUUUUUAAUUAAGAAGUGUUAUCGAUGUUACAUUUUACUGCCAAAGAAAGCUGACUCUCUCUCUCUCUCUCUCUCUCUUUCUUUUUUUUCAUUUUUUUUUAUUUUUUAUUUAUAUGUAUAUUUAUAUUUAUAUAUAUAUAUAUAUAUAUAUACAUAUUCAAUAAUUUGCGUUUCACAAAAUGAAAACGUCAAGAAACGAAACUACGCUUAUUAUUAAAUCACAAAUAAAAAAUAGGCUAGAGGUCGGACGAAAUAUAUUUAAAGUACAAAAGAAAUAACAAAAAAAAAAACAAAAAGAAUAUAUAAAAUCCAUUUAUUUUUGCUAUUAACAAUUAUUCAACAUUAUUUACUUCGUGAAAUUGUCAAUAUAAUAUAUAAAUAUAUAAAAAUAAAAGAGGAAUUCAAAAUUUAUAUGACACGUAACAUCCUUUCUAUGUAAAAAAUGAAAAACCUUGAUUACAAUACUGAUUUAUAUCUUAUUGCAAUUUACAGUACAGUUUUUUAUAGAGAAAAAGAAGAUUACAGAUUUAUAUUGAGAUAUUUAUACAGAAAAAAAAUAUUAUUUUUACCCAAAUUUUGAGCGUCAAUCUCUUUUUUUUAGAAAUAAGUUUAGCGGAUAAAAAUGAAUUCUUAUUGUCACAAAUUACAUGUUCGAUAAUUAUAAUACACCCUAAUCACAUUCUAGGACAUAAGUGUGUCGUUUUAUAAAAACAAAUUACACGUAAUUUUGAUACACAUAUUGCUAAUGUAAAAAAAGAAAAUAUCAUACAUA